AUGGAGAGAUGGAGGGCUGGACAGAUGGAUAGGGACAGACAGAUGGAUGGUUGGAUGCUCUGGCAUGGAAACAUUCUGCACCCACCCUGUCACUUUUGUUUUUCAGGCCGACCUUCACUCCUCCUGCCCCUGUGUGCCUCGGUGUCCUUGCUGGGUGGCCUGACCUUUGGCUAUGAACUGGCAGUGAUAUCGGGGGCCCUGCUGCCGCUGCAGCUUGAUUUCGGGCUGAGCUGCUCACAGCAGGAGCUCCUGGUGGGCAGCCUGCUCCUGGGGGCUCUCCUGGCCUCCCUGGUGGGGGGCUGCCUCAUCGACCACUAUGGCCGGAAGCAAGCCAUCCUCGGGAGCAACUUGGUGCUGUUGUCAGGCAGCCUGAGCCUGGGCCUGGCAGGCUCCCUGGCCUGGCUUCUCCUAGGCCGCUCGGUGGCUGGCUUUGCCAUCUCCCUCUCCUCCAUGGCCUGCUGCAUCCACGUGUCCGAGCUGGCAGGCCCACGGCAGCGGGGAGUGUUGGUGGCCCUUUACGAGGCAGGCAUCACCGUGGGCGUCCUGCUCUCCUACGCACUCAACUACGCGCUGGCCGGUGCCCCCGGGGGAUGGAGGCACAUGUUUGGCUGGGCCGCUGCGCCCGCUCUCCUGCAGUCUCUCAGCCUCCUCUUCCUCCCCGCUGGUACAGUCGGGGCUGCAGGCCACAAGGACCUCAUCCCGCUGCAGGGAGGCGAGGCCACGAAGCUGGACCUGGGGAGGCCGAGAUACACCUUUGUGGACCUCUUCAGGGCCCGGGAUAACAUGCGGGGCCGGACCGUCGUGGGGCUGGGGCUGGUGCUUUUCCAGCAGCUGACCGGGCAGCCCAACGUGCUCACCUAUGCCUCUACCAUCUUCCGGUCGGUCGGCUUCCGGGGAGGCUCCUCCGCUGUGCUGGCCUCCGUGGGGCUCGGGGCGGUGAAGGUGGCGGCCACCCUGACGGCCAUGGGGCUGGUGGAGCGAGCCGGCCGCAGGGCGCUGCUGCUCGCCGGCUGUGCCCUCAUGGCCCUGUCGGUCAGCGGCCUCGGCCUCGUCAGCUUUGCUGUGCCCCUGCACUCAGGCCCAGCUUGCCUGGCCAUGCCCAACACCACCAGGCUGUCGGGGCUCCCUGGAGACUCCAGCCUGCCCAGGGGCUUGGCUCCACCGCUGCUGCCCACGACGGACCAGAGCCCCAGGCAGCCAGUCUUGUCAACCUCUGAGAAGACCAGGCCUCCUCCUGGAGCCGAGGACCCUACAGUGCUAAGCCUCACUCCCCCUGCAGGCCUUUCUCCCGCCCCCGAGCACGCCCUGCUGCAUUGGACCGCGCUGGUCUGCAUGAUGGUCUUUGUGAGCGCCUUCUCCAUUGGCUUUGGACCCGUGACCUGGCUUGUCCUCAGCGAGAUUUACCCCGUGGAGAUCCGAGGGAGGGCCUUUGCCUUCUGCAACAGCUUCAACUGGGCCGCCAACCUCUUCAUCAGCCUCUCAUUCCUCGACCUCAUCGGUGCCAUUGGCUUGUCCUGGACCUUCCUGCUCUAUGGGCUGACUGCUGUCUUCGGCCUGGGCUUCAUCUAUUUAUUUGUCCCAGAAACAAAAGGCCAGUCAUUGGCAGACAUAGACCAGCAAUUCCAGAAGAAAUGGUUCCCCCUGAGCUUUGGCCACAGGCAGAGCUCGGCUGGCAUCCAGUACAGUCGUAUCGAGGUCUCUGCAGCCUCCUGAGGGGGUCCAUCUGGAAGGUGCUGGAACCAUG